GGCCCGCCGCCGCCACUUCGCUUCUUCGGAUACCCCCACCCCAACCCCGCCGUCCCUUCCCCUUUUCCUCUCCCCGCGAGCGUUUUUGGCGUUAAAAAGUGUCGGCGAUGCUGAGCUAUGGAGCAGGAUUCGCCCUGUGGACGGCGCUGGCCCUGACCAAGGCCGCGCCGGAGCAGGCGGCGGGAUGCAGCGCCAACCUGACGGAGCGGAGCGUCGCCGGGCAGAGCGUUCGGCUGCGCUGGGGCGCCGCGGGCCGCGCCUGCAACUUCAGCCUGAGCGGGCGCUCCGAGGACGGGGAGGCGGCCGGCUGCCAGCCCGCCCCCGCGGGCAACGGCACCUACGGCUGCACCCUGCGGGACCUGCAGGCCGGGACCUGGUACCACCUGCGCAUCGAGCCGCUCGCCGGCGGCGAGGCUCUCAACAUCUCCCUGCAGACAGAUCCCUUGCCACCAUCUCGUUUGGAAAUUAAUAAGGAAAAAACUACACUCACAAGCUUGCAGGUUCAAUGGGAUCCUUCCUCAGGAAAGGUGGACAUGUAUAACCUAGUAUUACUUGAUCAUGAUAAUAAAAAGAUACAAGAAGUCUCCGUACCAGGAAGAAUUUCAAAAACAGAAAAUACAUUUUCCAGUCUCAUUCCUGGGAAUAAAUACAACAUUGUCCUCAGUGCUGUUGCUGGAAAUAAGACUACCCCAGAGCUUCAUAUAAGUGGAUCCACUGUGCCAUCUCCUGUGAAAAACAUUCAGGUCAGUGUCAAGACAGACACUAUCCACGUUUCGUGGUCUCCUGGCUCUGGACAUGUGGAUCAUUACAGGCUGCUGUUGCUGGAUAAUCGUGUGCCAGUUCAUGAGAUUCACCAGGAAGGCUCCCUUACCUCCUACACCUUUUUAGGACUUACAGCAGGCCACCUGUAUAACCUCUCUAUCAUAGCCCAGGCUGCAGGAUUGGAGAGCAGCAGUUUUCAAACAAUCAGGACAGCCCCAGCUGAAGUCUUAGAUUUGAUGGUGACUAACGAUGGCAGUUUAGACGCUUUAAAAGUUAAGUGGAGAAGACCUUCAGGAAACCUCAAUUUCUAUAAUAUCACUCUGUCUCAUCUUGGAUCAGUUAAAGAAGUCAAAAGUGUGCAGCCACCAGUCACAGAGACACAGUUUGACAAGCUGACUCCAGGACGUCUGUAUCAGGUUACUGCCCGCACAAUCAGUGGUGAGCUGUUCACCGAUCGGAUGGCAGCUGGGAGGACAUAUCCCCAGAAAGUUUUGGAGCUGCAGGCCGGCGCUAGCGGCUGGCCGCGGUCUCUGCGGGUGACCUGGGUGCCCCCUGCGGGAGACUGGGAGAGGUACCACCUGCUCCUGUGGAACCGCUCCGCCCUGGUGCUCAACGCCACCCUCGGCAAGGACAGCACCGAGUACCUCAUCCGUGAUGCGGGCCUCAUCCCAGGGAGAGAGUACGGCGUGGAAGUCAUUGUGGAGAGCGGCGAUUUGCAGAGCAAGACGAGCUGCACGGGAAGAACAGCUCCAGAGCCUGUUCUCCAGCUCCGUGUGAAGCAUGCUAAUGAAACUUCACUUAGUGUCAUGUGGAUGACCCCUGUUGCAGAAUGGGACAGCUAUGUGGUUUCCCUGGAAGUCAGUGAGCUCCCUAUUGUAAAAAAAGGACUUGCAAAAGAAGCUAAGGAAUUCACUUUCACUGACUUGAUACCUGGAAGGAAAUAUACAGCAAUCAUCACUACCAUUAGUGGGACUUUAAGCAACUGGACUUCAGUAGAAGGAAGAACAGUGCCAGCCCAAGUGACAGGUCUGACUGUGUCAAGUCAGGGAUCAACCAACAGCUUGUUCACCAACUGGACAAGAGCAUUGGGAGAUGUAGACUCAUACCAAGUGCUACUGAUUCAUGAGAAUGUUGUCAUUAAAAAUGAAACUGUUCCCAGUGAAACUAACAGAUACAAUUUCUAUGCCCUGAAACCUGGAGGACUCUAUUCAGUUGUUGUCACCACUGUCAGUGGAGGGAUAUCUUCAAGGCAAACAAUUGCAGAGGAAAGAACAGUUCCUUCCAGUGUGACUGGAGUAACAGUAAAUAACUCAGGUCGGAGUGACUACCUCAGUGUUUCUUGGCUGCCAGCUUCUGGAGAUGUAGACAGUUAUUUGGUAACACUCUCUCAUGAUGACAAGAUUGUUCAGACUCUCACCAUUUCCAAAUCAUUCAGUGAAUGCUCCUUCAGCAGCCUUACUCCUGGGACACUUUACGAUGUGAUGAUAACCACCAAGAGUGGAAAGUAUGAAAACCAUUCCCUCAGCCAGGAACGAACAGUCCCUUCAAGUGUCCAGGGACUCACUGUCAGCAAUUCAGCCAGAAGUGACUACUUGAAGGUGUCUUGGUUACAUGCAUCUGGAUAUUUUGAUAAUUAUGAAGUGACCAUCAGGAACAACAAUGAUUUCAUCCAAACAAGAAGUGUCCCAAAGGAUGAAAAUGAAUGUGUAUUCACCAGUCUGGUCCCAGGGAGGCAGUACAGUGUCACGGUCAGCACAAGGAGUGGGAAAUACGAAACCAGUGAAAGAGUCUAUGGCAGAACAAUGCCGGAGUCAGUGAAGGAACUGACUCUUAGUAACAGAAGCACAGAAGAUCUGCAGGUAACUUGGUCAAAGGCUGAGGGGGAUGUUGAUAAGUAUGAGAUUCAGCUCCUCUUCAAUGAUAUGAAGAUCUUCCCACCCAUUUUCCUUGGGAACACCAUUGAGGAGUAUUGGUUCACAGCUCUGACUCCAGGACGUCUAUACAAAAUUCUUGUUUUGACCAUCAGUGGAGAUGCACAGCGUGCUACUUUCAUAGAAGGCCUGACAAUUCCAAGCAAGGUCCGAAACAUUCAUGUGUCACCUAAUGGCAUGACAAACAGUCUGAAAGUGAGCUGGACCCCUGGAGGUGGAGAUGUUGAUUCCUACACAGUGACUAUAUUUCAACAAAGCCAUCAACUUGAUUCUCAGAGUGUCUCCAAACACAUCUCUGAGCACAUGUUUCACAAGUUGGAACCUGGGGAGCAGUACCGGGUGGUGGUGCGAUCUAACAGUGGCACCUUGCACAACAGCUUAGCAGCUUUUGGGAGAACAAUUCCAGCCUCUGUCCAGGAUUUAUUAGCCCAUCGUGCGUACAGCAGUCAUUCCUUGUUAGUGACCUGGCAGAAAUCUCCUGGUGUAGCCGAAAGAUAUGACAUUCUGCUCUUGAAUGAGCAAGGAAUCCUCCUGAGUAACAAAUCAGAGCCAGCUACUGCCAAACAACACAAAUUUGAAGAUUUACUAGCUGGCAAAAAGUAUAAAAUACAAGUUUUGACAGUCAGUGGUGGACUCUUCAGUAAGCGUGCGGAAACUGUUGGCCGAACAGUUCCAGCAGCUGUUACAAAUCUGAAAGUCACAGAGAACACCACUGACCGACUGUCCUUCAGCUGGACCACCUCUCAAGGAGAGCUUGAUUCGUAUGACAUCUUCCUGUACAAUCCAGACAAGUCCCUUCAUGACAGGAUUUCAGGAGAGCAGCAUCUCCAGCAGUGUUCAUUCCAGAACCUGCGUCAAGGCAGGAUGUAUCGAAUGGUGAUUGUUACACACAGUGGAGGCCUCGCUAAUGAGUCAUCUAUCUAUGGAAGAACAGUACCAGCCCCAGUUGUUGGUCUCAAGGCAUCCAACCGAAACAUGACAGACAGUCUGUGGUUCACUUGGGGUCCAGCAGCAGGAGAUGUUGACUUCUAUGAGCUGAAUCUUUACAACCCAAAUGGGACACAGAAAGAAACUGAGCAAAUGAAAGAUCUGGAAGAGUGGCAUUUCCAGGGGCUCGUUCCUGGCAGAAAGUAUACUUUGGUUGUGGUGACUCACAGUGGUGAGCUGACCAACACAGCAAAUGCUGAAGGAAGAACAGCACCCAGCCCUCCUAACACCGUGUCAUUUACCGAUGUUGCAAACACUUCUUUAUCAAUCACUUGGCUGGGUCCUCCAGACUGGACAGACUAUGAUGAUUUUGAGGUGCAGUGGCUUCCAAAGGAUCCCCUCACAGUAUUCAAUCCCUACAGCAGCAGCAAAUCCAAAGUACGCAUCAUCUAUGGCCUGCGACCAGGGAGGCUCUAUGAGUUCAGUGUCAGAACUGUCAGUGGCGGCAGCUGGAAGACAUACAGCCAGUCACAGUCUGCAACUGUGAGAACAAAGCCAGACAAGAUACAAAGCCUCCACUGUCGGCCCCAAACCUCUACUGCCAUCGCGUGUUCCUGGACUCCUCCUGAUUCUGACUUUGAUGGCUAUAGCGUUGAGUGCAAGAAGAUGGACACCCACGAAGUGGAAUUUUCUAAAAGGAUAGAAAAAGACAAAUCUCUACUUAAUAUUAUGACCCUUGUUCCCCACAAGCGAUACCUGGUGUCCAUCAAGGUGCAUUCUGCAGACAUGACGAGUGAAGUGGUUGAAGACAGCACCAUCACAAUGAUUGAUCGUCCUCCUCAGCCACCUCCAGAUAUACGAGUGAACAAAAAAGAGGUGCUGGUUACCAAAUCCUCCAUCAACUUUACUUUUAACUGCAGCUGGUUUAGUGAUACUAAUGGAGCUGUGAAGUACUUUACUGUGGUUGUGAGGGAGGCUGAUGGCAGUGAAGGACCAAAGCCUGAUGAGCAGCACCCGUUACCCUCCUACCUGGAGUACAAACACAAUGAUUCUAUACGCAUCUACCAGACAAAUUAUUUUGCCAGUAGCUGUGCUGAAAACCCUGACAGUGACUAUAAAAGCUUUGACAUUAAGCUUGGAGGAGAAAUGGAAAAUCUGGGAGGAAAGUGUGAUCCAGAUCACCAGAAAUUCUGUGAUGGACCUCUAAAGCCUCGAACUGCAUACAGAAUCAGCAUACGAGCUUUUACUCAGCUUUUCAGUGAAGACCCAAAGGAACUUCCUAAACCGCUCUUUGCAGACACCUUCUUCUCUUUACCGAUCACUACAGAGGCAGAGCCUCUCUUUGGAGUUAUUGAAGGUGUGAGUGCUGGCUUGUUUCUGAUUGUGAUGUUGGUGGCUGUUACUGCUUUAUUUGUCUGCAGACAAAAAGUUGGCAAUGGCCAUGAGAGACCUACAGCGAGGCUGAACAUUCGCAGAGACAGGCCACUGUCAGUCCAUUUGAACUUGGGGCAAAAAGGAUACCGGAAAACUUCCAGUCCGAUCAAAGUCAGUCACUUUGAAGCACACUUCACCAAACUUCAAGCAGACUCCAACUACCUUCUGUCCAAGGAGUAUGAGGACUUGAAAGAUGUGGGUCGAAACCAGACAUGUGACAUAGCACUUCUGCCAGAGAACAGAGGGAAAAAUCGAUACAAUAAUAUAUUGCCCUAUGAUACAUCAAGAGUGAAGCUUUCCAAUGUGGAUGAUGACCCUUGCUCAGACUACAUUAAUGCAAGCUACAUACCAGGCAAUAAUUUCCGCAGGGAAUACAUAGCAACUCAGGGCCCUUUGCCUGGAACCAAAGAUGAGUUCUGGAAGAUGGCAUGGGAGCAAAAUGUUCACAAUAUUGUCAUGGUAACCCAGUGUGUUGAGAAGGGCCGGGUAAAGUGUGAUCAAUACUGGCCCCAUGACCAGGAUUCCUUGUACUAUGGAGACCUGAUUGUUGAGAUGCUGUCUGAAUCAGUGCUCCCAGAGUGGACAAUACGAGAGUUUAAAAUCUGCAGUGAAGAGCAGCUUGACUCAACAAGGCUCAUUCGUCACUUCCACUACACUGUAUGGCCGGAUCAUGGUGUGCCAGAGACCACCCAAUCCCUGAUCCAGUUUGUCAGAACUGUAAGAGAUUAUAUCAACAGGACCCCAGACACAGGACCAACUAUUGUACACUGCAGUGCUGGUGUUGGCAGGACUGGCACAUUCAUUGCACUGGACCGAAUUCUGCAGCAGCUGGAUUCGAAGGACACUGUUGACAUUUAUGCAGCAGUCCAUGACCUAAGGCUUCACCGUGUUCACAUGGUUCAGACAGAGUGUCAAUAUGUGUAUCUACAUCAAUGUGUGAGAGAUGUGUUAAGAGCCAGAAAACUUCGCAGUGAACAAGAAAAUCCCUUAUUUCCAAUAUAUGAAAAUGUGAAUCCAGAGUAUCACAGAGUUGUGUCUUUAUUUUCUCUAUUAGUAGUCAUUAUAGCAUCACUUCCUGCUCCUGCCUUAUAUUUAUGCUCUCGCUAUCCAUAAGCAACCGAGAAUGUUGACAGCACUCACUGAGCUCUUCUGCCAUUCAUGGAGUUCAAUUUCUGUCUGCAUCAUCCUCAUCUGCUGUUGACAAUAUAGGCAGCCUUGGGAGACUUCCCAUCUGCUUUGACUGGAAAAUGUAAGUGUCCCAGGCUGUGCUCUUUCUUUCUCCCCAGACUCCCCAUCAUUGUAGGCUCCUUUUCCUAGCCUGUAUCCAGUCCCUUGCUGAUAAGAGUGGCAGGAGUAGCAAACCUGGCACUAGCACUGCCCUUCACCUCCUGGGUCCAUGGCCAGAGGACCAGUGUGGAGAAGCUGUAAGCAGUGGUGACCAUGUGCCUUGGUGCAGCUGAUUCCUAAAGGAUGUAGAAGUUUUUAGGGUCAAGACAGAAGGAUCUCAGUAGUUCCACAAUUUUGGACAUUAGGAAUUAAGAUUAUAUCAUAAGAAAUCUAAAUAAUUUUCCUGAUCUAGGCUGUAGAAAUCAGAGUUGUCAUAGACAGGUAGAACAGGCUUGGAGGAGACCAAGAACUGAAACAUCCAGGUUUCACAUAUUGAGAAACGAAGCAGAGGUGGGAUCUGAACUUUAGCUGUAACAUCCAUCACAGCCAGUGCUGUUCCCACACAGCCACCUCUCAGAGCACUGCUCAAUCUGUGUUGUUUUACUUUUUCUAAUCUCAUUUUUCCUUGCUUUCAGAUGCUGUUUAUUCAAGGCACUAAGAAUGUUAGAGAUAUCUGCUUUUGUGAACACAUUUGUGAACUAGGGGUUUUGUUUUGGUUUUUUUAUGUAUGUAUUUCAUGCACCAGAAAGGUGCCAGACCUUUUGGAUGAGACUGUGUAUAAUUUAUUGGUCUGGUGAUUUUUUAAAGAUAUAUAAUUUAAAUGUAAUAGAUAUUAAUGUAUAUAAUUGUAUUUUGGCAUUGUGUAAAUAUGUAUAUUUUUUCUAUAUUGUUUAUAUUAAUAUUAUGCUUCAGAUAAUACUAUUUUUUUCUUAUCACAGUUUUUAUAAACUGUUCUACAUAAACUAUUUUAAGUUGUAUGGCUAACAGGACUGCUGCAUUUGGGGCGCUAUUGGCAUGACAUGGAAAAAGUCCUAUAGAGAGAACCUCAUUUUUAAAAAAUAUUUCAGUGUUUGUGUGAGAUGAAAUAAGCUACUAUUAAGCAAGGGAACAGUAGUCCUGUAUAGCAGUUACAAUGUUACUCUACACUUCAAACUUACUGCUUUUCAUCUGACAAAAAUGGGAGUAACCCAUAUCACAGUGACAUACCUUUUACAGAACUCAUUAACAACCGACCAAAACAGUGUUCACCUCACUAGAAGCAACUGUUUCAGUCUAGUGUGACAUAGUAGAAAAAUAUCAAACAACAUACCUGCAGUGAAGUCUAGCAGACCUUUCUCUGACCACAUACUCUGGGGGGAGACAGGUCACAUACUGGUUUCUUUACACUGGUUUAAGAGAGCAGAAUCAGACCACAACUUGUGUCUGUGCACUUUCAUGUGUGUAAAAUUUUUAUUAAGAGAGGUGUUCAAAGACACUCCUCAGACAUUUGUGUUAACAAACCUGUGAGGAUGUGAAGUCUGGCAACUUCCAUAGCUCAUCAGAAACAAUGCUGUACCACGAGAGCUAAAAAAGUAGAGAGAUGGCAAACAUUGAAACAAAGACAUGUAAAGGUAUAUAUCCCACAGUUUACUCAACUGGAGUAAAGCUGCACUUUGCCCCAAGUGUUGGUAUCUUUCAAAUGCCACUUGGUUUCACAGUGGGACAGUUUGGCCCCAGCAUGUCUCCAUAGAAAGAGUUCUCCAUUGGAAUGUUACAUGAUGUCACCACCACAGGGGCAGCUAGAAUGGAAAAAAGUUCAUCAGGGAAUGUAGGCUGGCAGGACUGUCCUGAUCAUAGAAUCAUCUUAUGUUUUGGGUUGGAAGAGACAUUAAAGAUCAUCUAGUUCCAACCUCCAUGCCCCAGGCAGGGGCUCAUUGCUGAAAACAUGUUUAAAAUUCAAAACGUAUCAACUUAAUUUUGUAUCAAUAAAAGAACUGAAUGACAGCAAGAAGUACAAUCAAAGAGCACUUACCAGGUAUCCUGCGCAGCCAAGUGGAUUGUGCACAGCCUCUCUCUCCUUUACAAAGAGGCAUCUCAUUCAAGGGUCUAAACACUCUGUUCAGCUAUUACUUAUCUUUAUAAAAUGCUCCUCAAACAAAUAAUGAAAAGCCGGUACACAGUUCAUCUCCACCACGAAAAGGAGGAAGGGCUUCAUAGUUCUUCUUUCAUAUAUCUACCCAUACUUUUCGUAGAGAAAACGUAGCAUGUUGCUGAAGACAAGUGCCUAAAUUCCACUUCUGUUUUGGAGAAAAAAUAAAUAUUUCUGAAGGCCUUCUGAGAAUCAGUAAGUAGCUAACUGAGCGCCUAACUGAGGAACUCCUGUGCCACAGCAGGACUGUGCAUAUCCAUGUUACUCCACUCUUCCUACUCCGUCUGGAAUGUUAUCCUUUCUUGACCAAAUACCUUCAGAUGCCUCAGAAGCCACCCUUCAAAUCAGUUGUCACAACUGCUCAGAACAUGUAAACUUGGUCAUUCUUUUUAGGUGUUUCUGAAUGAAAAUACUGCUCAUCUCUCCUGCGCAUCCUCUUUGGUACCACACAAACCUCAAAAUUCACCACCCUUAAUGGAAACCAAAGAAGAAGGGAACUAGCAUUAGGGUGGAAGACAUUUUCACAGAGGAAAGCCUAAGCAAAACCACAAAGAAAUGAGCACAUUUUCUGCAGAUGCCUUCUUUUCUCUAUUUCCUUUGCUAGAUGGCUAGGUUAGCAAGUGAGGACAAACAAGCAUUGGUAGCUUUAGAUCAAUUGUUGAUAGGGCUCGUAACUUCUGCACUUAAGGCAUGGUGAAAACUGCUGUUGUGUUACAUGCACUGCAUUUGGUCCUUUCUUUUUUGCAGGGGUAGCCGAGGAACGAAGAUCACCAUGUUAGUUACCAGCAGUACAAUUACACUGUUAGCACACACCAAGUGUACCCUAUAAAUUACCUCACACUCUAUAGCACCACGUCAUUUUCUAAUGCUGAGGGAAAUGGAGUUCACUCAAUGCUAUAUGAUCUGAGGGCAAAAGUCUGAUUGCAUGCUCUGUAUGUGUGUUGUUCAUCAUUUUCAGAGACACACUCAUUCUGCAGUUUAUUUUAUCAUUCUCAGCUCCCUUGUCGGCAGCUGCAGAGUUUGUACAUGUGUACCCAAAAUUAUGUCAUAGCAAACAGCUAGUUUCAUCUUUUCUCCCAGCUAAUAAUGGACAAUGUUCAUAAGCCUCUUCCUCCUCAUCACUUCAUAACAUGACAGAUGACCUUAAACACUCUGGCACAAUGCUCUUGAGCAGCUUUACAUUUCUGCCCAUGUAGGUCACACCUGAGACUGUAUACACACGUUAUUGCUCUGGUUCUGCUCUCUAACCAAUUCUGCUCAUAUGAAACCAGUGUAAAUCCACUGAGAAAAAAAAAAGUAUCUAUGUAGCAUUUUUUUUAAUAUACAACACCUACUUAUCAGUAUAAGUAGUUAUAUUUAUUGUGCCUCUAAGCUGAAUAACAGGACUGAUGGGAAAUUGUUAAUGUAGGAAAAAUACAUUUGAGGGAGCUCAAGGAAAAAGAUAUCUUUUGAAUGUCCUUGAUGAUGUUCAGAAUUCCCUUCUUGAUGUUUCCCAAUAAUAAUGUUACAAAGCAAAGCUAGUGUUGUUGCUGAUCCAUAAGCUAAGAUUUGCACACUUGGAGCCCAUCCUUUGAAUCUCUGCAUGGUCCACAAACUACCUGAGUACUUUCAUGAAAGUCAACUGGAAUGCUUGCCUGAAGAAAAAACUGUUCCACUUCUGAAGCACUUGCAGGGUUGGGCUUUUAGGUUAAUUCAAAUUUUUGUAUUGAAAGUUAUUUAAUAAUGAAAAAAUUGUAAUAAAUAUUUUUUUUAAUCUGUGCAAUAAAAUUACAAGAUCCACUAGCAAUUGUAGGGAAAAAGUAGAUUUUACAUAGCUGGAGUUGAUAAAUGAUAUUUUUUGUUACUAAUGGAACACAAAAGUGGGUGAGAGAAAUAGGCAUACUGUGAAGAUGUCAAAAAGUGCAACUUUAUACAUUUUUCUCUGCUGCUAUAGUUAUUUAGCAAUAAAUAAUGCCUAAAAUGCCAGAAAUAUUAUAUUGUGCCAUAAUAUGCAAUGAAUUUCCUUCCAAUUGUAGAACAGAGAAAAGAAAAUGUGUGAGCUUUACGUUUAUAUAAUGUAUUGUAUAUGGUUAUUUACUCUUUGAAAGCACAAAGUUAAACACUAGACAGAUAGGAGUACAUGAGCACUUAGCUGUGCUCCUCAGCCUGAGAUUUAAUAUAUGGACUAGAGGGAUGAGAACAACAGGCAUCAAAUCGAUCUAUCAGCAUCUCUCUCCAAGGCCACAGAACAGAGAAAUGCAUCUGACACUCAGACAGACAGCCUACCACAGCCACAGCUUCAUGCCCAAGGAGUGCCUUGGCAGGUGCUUAACAUUUAUUCAGAUUUCUUUCAGUACUUCUGACAUACAAUUUGUGUAAAUAAAAUGCAUUAUAGAAUGAACACCACUCCCUUCAUGGCCCUGUCACAGAUGUCUGGACUCUGGAGCUGUGAGCUCUGGGACCUGUAAUCUCAGGGUCCUGUAACUUUGAAUUGAAAUGAGUGCUCACCCCAGUAUUUGAACAACUUGCUGUAGACCCCAUGCCCUCAAUUGUCUCCCUCACACUGACAAAAUCAAACUCCUGACCUGUUGGGAGCACCUCUGUGGCCAAAGCAAACUGGUUUGUUAUCAGUGAUCUCACAGAUCAACAGCUGGUUCAAACUGGGACUUUUUGUUUCAAGGCUUGCAGGAAAUGCUGGAGACUAGGGACCAGCUAAUUGAGAAAAAAAUGUGGAACUGGAACACACACAGUGUCAGCAAAGCAGGUAGUCUAAUAUUCAUUACAGUUUUACUUGUUUCUUGGUUUGUUUGAAAGCUAGAGAAAUACUGUAAGUAACAUUAGGAAGCUAAAUAUAUAUUGCUCUAGAGCAGGGCAGUACACUAUAGUGAAAACCCCACCACUUUGAAAUUUGGCUAGCCAUAAAUUCUCUGGCAGUGCUUGGAGUAAAGUGUCUGAAAAACAUCUUCAGUAUUUAUUCCAUGCUCAUAUGCAAUAUAAUUACUUAAAAUUGUGUUCCUAACAAACACUGGGUGAACACAGAACUGUGCUACUAUUGUCAAUUUAAUUUAUGCAUUUAAGUAUAUUUUUAUAUUUUUAGCUACAGUCAACAAAUCAAAUAUAUUUGAGUGUAUUUUACACAUUUUCAGAAAUACUUCAUGAAUAAAACAUUCAUUUUAAAAAAUC